AUGAAAUCUAUACUUAUUACUGGAGGUUUAGGAUACCUUGGAACAAACUUUGCCAAUUAUCUUUUAUCAUCUCAAGAUAAACCUUCUAUUGUAAUACUUGAUAAAGUAUCAAAAAAUUCAUCUUUAGAAAGAUUAAAUAAUAAAAAUGAUAUUUCAAUUAUUAUUGGUGAUAUAUCUAAUGAAUUAUUAGUUAAAAAAAUUAUUGAAAAUUAUAAUAUUGAUACAAUUUUCAAUUUUGCAUUUGAUACCAAUAUAGAAGAAUCAUUUAUAGAUAUGAUUGGUUAUUGUCGUAACAAUUUUGAAGGACUUACACAUCUUCUUGAUGGUGUUCGUCAUUCCUCCAACUCAUCAAAAAUCAAUUUUAUUCACAUCUCUACAGAAGAUGUCUAUGGAACAUCUAAAAUUUGGAGUGAGACAGAACCUACAUAUCCAUUAAAUCCUGUUGCUGCUAAUCAUGGAUCAUGUGAAAUGAUGUUAAAUGCUUAUGCUAAAGGAUAUCAUAUAAAUAUAAAAAUUGCUAGACUUGCCAAACAUGUAUAUGGAGGUAAAAUGGGAAAAAAUAAUAUAAUUAAAAGUAUUGUUCAAACUAAUCUUGCACCAUCAGCUUCAGAAAUAUUAUCACCAUUAUAUAUUGAUGAUGCUAUUAAAGGAAUUUUAGCAGUAGCAGAAACACCAGAUGAAUGUGCCUCAAUUUAUAAUAUUCCAUCAGCCAUCUGCCUAACAGAAGAAUCAUUAAAAGAAUUUUGUAAUAAUGGUAAAUUAAAAGAAGAAACUGUUAAGAUGUCAAGUGAUAAAAUAUUUAAAAAAACUAACUGGAAACCAAUUGUAACACUUGAGGAAGGAAUUAACAAAAUUAAAAAAGAACCAACAACAUCAAGUGUUAUUGAAAAUAAUACAAAAUUGGCAAAAUUUUUAAUCUUCGGUGGAAAAGGAUGGAUAGGAAAUCAAUUUUGUGAACUUUUACGUAAAAAUAAUAUUGAAUAUGUGGUUAGUCAAACUAAACCAGGAUUUGAUAAAGAUGAAACAGUUGAAAGUGAAAUUGUUGCUGUAGCUCCAAGUAAUGUUGUUUCAAUGAUUGGAAGAACACAAGGUCCUGGAUGUGGUAAUAUUAGUUAUUUAGAAGGUGGUCCAGAUAAAUUAAAUGAAAAUAUAAGAGACAAUUGUUUUGGUCCAUGGAUUUUGGGAAAAAUGUGCCAAAAAUUUAAAAUUCAUUAUACAUAUCUUGGUACAGGGUGCAUAUUUCAAUAUAACGAAGAACAUGGAUACACAGGACCAGGAUAUAAAGAAUUAGAUGAUGGAAAUUUCAAAAAUACUUCCUAUUCAGCUGUUAAACUUUUUACUGAUAGAUUACUUAGACCUUUGGAUAAUUGUUUAAAUGCAAGAAUAAGAUUACCAGUAAAUUAUGAAAAUAGUCCAAGAAACCUUGCAGCUAAAAUGAUUAUGUUUAACAAAGUUAUUGAUAUACCAAAUUCAAUAACUAUUCUUCCAGAUUGCUUACCUGUACUUCUUAAUUUAUCAUUAGAAAAAAGUACAGGUACUAUAAAUCUCGUUAAUCCUGGACCAAUUAACUUUACUGAAUUUAAAGAAAUUUAUAAUAAUUUAAGUGGAAAAAAUGAAGAAUAUGAGGUUCUUGAUGUAUCCACAAAUAAAGAAAUGGUUAAUACAAGAGCUCAUUGUAUACUUGACACAGGAAAAAUAAUCCACCAUAAACCUGAUAUAAGAUCAGCUGUUGAAGGUGUUAAAGAAGCUUAUCAAAAAAUUCUUAACAUUAAUUAA